GCGCUCUGGCAAGAUGCAACUCUCUAAUCCCGGAAUAGAGACUGGAUUGAGUGGAUGUUGCGUAAAACUGCUGGCUCUGAGCCUUGCUCUAAGUCUCAGACAGCGAGGUCACUAGCCGCACGAUUGGGCCAGGACCGACAACCAGAUACUCACACUUCAUCUCCUCAACCAUGUCCUCCACAGAGAACCAACAGCAUGCUUUUCCGGCUGCGCCUCCUUCUCUAUCCGCUGGCGACCAUGAGAUGCGGAACUACUACGCUACACAAGAUGUACCACGACCGUCCUCCGAUCAAACAUCAUACCUAACACCAUACCUUGGCCUUCGAGCUAGACUCUCGCAAGUUUGGAUCAACCGCUGGACAGUUCUAAUCCUCCUCGUCCUGAUACGUGCAUUACUCGCCAUUGGAAGUGUGAACACACAUUUGACUUCCGCAAAACGAGAAGCACUCUCUGCUUGCACUGGUGUUGAAAAUGUUGGAAGCGCACUGGCGAGCAUGCCUCAUUACAUGUCGUCGGGCGUUAACGAACUCACCGCAUCAGGGAUCGAGAAGGCCAUUAACGGACUGAUGUCCAUGCUUCUUCUCAGCAUCACUGUGCUAGAGGAGAUUUUUGUGUUCUAUAUCAAUCUUCUCACCUCAACCUACAUCUGUCUUUUUACCUUCGCAGUCGGUGGUAGCUUGCAUGUUGCCAUCGAUGUUGCCGAAGACGUAGGAGACUUCUUGAACUCUACCGCUAAAGGUGUAGGUACGGAGCUUGGUGAUGCUGUUGAAGAUUUUCAAAAAGCCAUGAAAAAAUUCACUGGCGCGAUUGAAGAUGUCGGCAGCUUUUUCACAGGAAAAAAUGUCGACGUCCCUGACCUGAACCUGAACUCAUCAAUCGCAAAACUCGACACACUCCAACUACCUUCUGGAUACGACAAGGGGCUGGAUAAACUGAACGAUUCCAUUCCGACAUUUGCCGAAGUCCACAAUGCGACAAACACUGCUCUACGCUUCCCUUUCGAAAAGGUCAAAAAGUUGCUCAAUGAGUCGAUGGAAAAAUACACCAUGAAUCGAUCAAUGUUCAACGUUCCACCAAAGGAAAAACUUACAUUCUGCUCCGAUGACGAUGGCAUCAAUGAUUUCUUUGAUGGCCUCGCGGAUGUCAUUACACUUGCCAAGAAAGUUUUCCUCUCCGUCCUCAUCGUUGCAGCAAUACUCGCAUGUGUCCCCAUGGCUUAUCGAGAGAUUCGUCGCUGGCGUUUGCAAGAAGAAAGAGCAAGUGCUAUCAAGCAUAUAAACGACCCCAUGGACGCUGUCUACAUUGUCUCACGUCCUUACACGGCCGAUUUUGGUGUCAAGGUCUCAAACCAUUUUUCAUCAACCCAUGCGAGGACACUUGUGAGAUGGACAAUUGCUUAUGCUACAACUACACCGGCCUUGUUCGUUCUUUGCCUUGCAAUUGCUGGACUUCUUGGUUGCUUCUGCCAACACAUCUUACUGCAGGCAAUUAGAAAAGAAGUCCCCGAGCUUACUCAGAAAGUGGAUGCCUUCGCUGACAAGGUACAAUGGUCACUCAACAAUGCUUCCCUCGCAUGGGCUGUUGAUACAAAUCGUGUCAUCAACACGACCAACACCAAAAUUAACGAAGAUAUCUUCGGCUGGGUCAAUAUCACAACUGGAGCGGUCAACAACACACUCAACAUCUUUGUCGAUGGAAUGAACGAUGCGAUUAAUGACACUUUCGGUGGCACUAUCCUCGAGCAUCCUGUCAAAGAAGUUGUGAACUGUCUGAUCACCCUCAAGAUUGAAGGUAUUCAAAAAGGCCUCACUUGGGUUAGUGAUCAUGCUCAUGUUGACUUCCCAAUGCUCAAUUCUUACUGAACCAGAUAGCAUUGAUGCUGGUGAUCAGAUCUCUCGAGCCAUUCUGUUUGUCGUGCGUGUACUGGAAAAAGCUGUGAGGCAGGA